CUUCGUUCACGCUUCUGCAUCUGCAUCUCGUCGCGCCGGCACUCCCGUGCUCCACUCUCCGCUCUCCGCAUCUCCUCACCGGCCGGUCACUCCCCUCCCUCAAAUAGAAUCUGCGGGGGCUAGCGUGGGUAGACGCGGCGUCCAGUUUCCCUUUACUCGGGCGGUGAAACGUAACCGGUGCGAGACGUGGUGCUCUUGGUUGGCACUCGACGCCACAGCUAUGCCAGCCUCAUCUACUUCAUCCCCAUCUUGCCCCUCACCCUCUUCCUCCAACACCAUUACCACCCCUCAAACCCGGCUCUCCCAAAUCUCCUCGCACAUUGACCCCAUGGCUGCCACCGCCUUCGACGCCAAUGUCGUCCCUCAGGCGCCUGAAGACCCCUUGUUUGGUCUGAUGGCUGCCUUCCGUCGUGAUGAGCACCCCAACAAGGUCGACCUGGGCAUUGGCGCCUACAGAGACGACAAUGCAAAGCCUUGGAUCCUGCCCGUCGUCAAGAUGGCCGAAGAGCGCCUCCGUAGCGACCCCAACCUUAACCACGAAUACCUGCCCAUUGCCGGCUUACCCGAGUUUACAACCGCAUCACAGAAGCUGGUUCUUGGUGGUGACAGCCCCGCCAUCAAAGACAAGCGGGUCACCAGCCUCCAGACAAUUUCCGGUACCGGAGCCGUCCACUUGGGCGCCCUCUUCCUCGCAAAAUUCUACAAGCCACAGACAGAGCGCACCGUCUACUUCUCCGACCCCACAUGGGCCAACCACUUCCAGAUCUUCUCCAAUGUCGGCAUCCAAUACAAGACAUACCCCUACUUCUCAAAGGACACAAAGGGCCUCAACUUUGAUGGCAUGAUUUCUGCCAUCCAGGGCGCGCCCGAGGGUAGCAUCAUCGUGCUACACGCAUGUGCCCACAACCCCACGGGCGUUGACCCUACCCAAGAUCAGUGGAAGAAGAUUGCCGACGUCAUCAGGUCCAAGAAGCACUUUCCCUUCUUUGACACUGCCUACCAGGGCUUCGCAUCUGGCGACCUUGCGACCGAUGGCUGGGCCAUCCGCUACUUUGUCGAGCAGGGCUUUGAGAUGUGCAUUGCUCAGUCGUACGCAAAGAACUUUGGUCUGUACGGCGAGCGUGCUGGCUGCUUCCACUUCAUCACCUCACCUUCAUCCGACGCCGAGUCCACCAUCACCCGUAUUGCCUCGCAGCUUGCCAUCCUCCAGCGCUCCGAGAUUUCGAAUCCUCCUGCAUACGGUGCCCGCAUCGCCUCGACAGUCCUCAACGACCCCACCCUCUUUGCCGAGUGGGAAGAGAACCUCCGGACAAUGUCUGGCCGCAUAAAGGAAAUGCGUAAGGAGCUUCGCAGCAAGCUCGAGCAAAUGGGCACACCCGGCACAUGGAACCACAUUACCGACCAGAUUGGCAUGUUCAGCUUCACCGGUUUGACCGAGAAGCAAGUGCUCAAAAUCCGAGAGGACUCGCACGUCUACAUGACUAAGAACGGCCGUAUCUCCAUGGCUGGUCUCAACUCACACAACAUUGACUACUUUGCAAAGGCUGUAGACAAGGUCGUGCGUGAGACGCAGUAGAUGUAGAGGGCUUGUACAACAUUAUAUGGUAGACAAGUCGUGAUUGCAAUACAUGCAUGAUAUGAUUAAUGACACUUGAUGGGGAGACUUGAGACGCCUGCGUCAUUCCGAUAGCAUAAGAUGGCGAAUAUAGACCAAUUGUCAUUUUAGCAAAAGUUUUGAUCUUCUUCCGUAAUUGUACAAGAC